ACGCCGCAACAGCGGGCGGGGACCGGGCUGGGCCCCUCCGCUCCCGGUCCCGCACGGGGGAAGGGUCGGGGCACUGCCGGGAGGUGCUGAGGCCUUUGGGGAGGCGCUGUCACUGGCGCGGUGCCAGGGAGGGAGAGCGGGGCACGGGAGAGCCUUUCCCCCGUCAGGAGAGUCUCAGCGGACGGGACCGGGCGGCGCGGGGUCGGAGGAGCCGAGGGGCCUCCUCCCGCCGAGGUGAGGUGACUCUCGGGCACGGGACAGCGCGGGGUCGGGGACCCAGAGUUCUUCCCCCGUGAGGCUAAGUUAUUAAUAUAAUGGAUACACACACCAGGAAAAUGGCAUGGUUGUUGGACAAUGAUCAAUAUUUGGAAAAAAUUGGGUUGACAAAAUUCCAUCCACAGGGUGAUCAUCCACCACAGCAAGAUUUUGCUGUGCCUCAUCUGGGACCAGAUAAUGGAUUGCUGGGAGCACAAAGCAGCAAGACACAAGAUGUGCUGAGAGGACAAAUGAAGAAAACACACUCUCAAAAGGUGCAAACAACAGAAGAAUGGAUAAGAAACUACAGUUUGGAAUCCUUGCAAUUAACAUUAGAGUAUCUGUGCUCCAGGAGUUCAGGAAGUGGUGGUGAAGUGAUGCAGUUUACAGAGGAGACUGUUACUGAUUUUGAAUCCAGGCUUUCUGAAGUGAUUGAACUCUAUCAGCACCGCAUUCAGUGGCUGUUGCAGGACAGCAGAAAGGUGUUCGGUGUUGUAAAAGGAACUAAAGUCGGACUUUUGGUUGAUGUGUCUCAUUUGAGUUAUGGACCUAGACUAUUGGAUUUUCAGAAGAACCUUUUGUGCUUAAUAGAUGAGCAGCUUUGUUAUAAGAAGGAAUUGUACUGCCUCUCAUUCAGUACAGAAAUUUCACCACUAUGGGAGAGUCCAAAAACCAUCAAUGUUCAUGUGCUACAUGAAGCAAGGCAGUGGGUACAAGAGCUGGAGCCUGGUCGAGGCUGCAAUUUGCUGAAAGCCUUAAGGCAUGUCCUUCUGAUGAGAGAACUGAAUUCCUUGGUUCUGAUUGUAGGAAGCUGCCCUGAUCAGUCUUUUGAAAUACUAUGUGAUUAUGCUCAGCAGUGCACACUGGGGAGAAAAGUGCAGAUUCACACUGUUACGUAUGAUUGCAGCAACCCUGCUUCCCUUGCAGUUCUAAAGAACCUUGCAGAAGCUGUAAGAGGCCGUUAUCAUUGCUACUCUUCCAACGGAGAGAAUUUUGACAGCAGUGAUUUUCAUCUGCUACUUCAGGAAUCCCAGAAGGCUAAGGACCUACUCAAGAGCAUCAAACAGAGUUGUCAAAGAAGAGUUGGUGGCUUGCUUGGUAGUGAAAGAGCAGAUGUUUCCACAGCAUUUGCAAAUGCAGCACCUUCUAGCUUCUUCCCAAAGCCUCCAAAGCACAAAGCACCAUUAGUUAUUCAAACAUCAGGCAUCCUGGCCAAAACCUCAGCAGACUGGUUAAAGACAUAUGGAUUGAAAGCUCAAAAGUUAGACCUUUAUCAAAUUCUGGCUCCCAAUGCUUUCUCUCCUGUGGAAGAUUUUGUACCUAUUCUCAAAAAAACAGUAUCAUCAACUCUACAUGAGAAAGUGAUGAUGCAGUUUGAGUGGUAUGAUGGAACUGUUAAAAAUAUCCACGUUGACCUGCCAGUAUUGUACAACUAUCAGAAAGUCCUUGCUAAAAUGGUAAGAGUCUAUGAAAAACGAAUUGACUGGCUGUCUGUUGCUAGCAGAAGAAUAUGGGGAAGUGUUUGUGAAAGAAGGGUGGUUGUACUUGUUGAUGUAUCAAUGACAAACUCUGCCUACAUCUCUCAUAUCCAACAUUGUUUGCGACUUUUACUUGAGGAACAAAUGUCAAAUAAGGAGUGCUUCAAUAUUAUAGCAUUUGGGAGUGACAUUGUGCCUUGGCAGCAGCAACUGUGUCCUUCCCAACCAGAAAACUUAGAAAAGGCUUGGAGGUGGGUGUUGAGCUUGGAGUGCAAGGGCAGUAGAAAUUUCAUGAGUGCACUCAGAAGGGCUGUGGAAGUUGACUUCAAAGACAAAGAUAAACAUGAAUCACAGGGACUCUACCUGCUGACUACUGGAAUACCUGAUCAGGAAACACACGCAAUCAGCUCUUAUGUGGCUGAGGCUUGUGGAGGUUUGGAUUUACAGCUCCAUGUCUGUCUGUUCAGUGUCACAGAGGGCACUGACUCCAGUGGGAUUAUUCCAGCCCGCUAUGCCAACCCCGGGGAAACUGCCAGUGCUUUUAAAGAAAUUGUCCAGGCAGCCAAUGGGAGGUUGCACUGGUUUGGAGAAGCAGGUAUUUUUGAAAGUGAUGAUAUUACCAGUAUUAUAUCAGAAAUGGAAAAAGCAAAGAACUACUCCCAAAAGUGUGCAUUCCUGGUGGAGUCCUUAAAGCAACGCUCAGUAAAUCAGUCUGUGAAACCCCUCACAGCAGGAGACUCAAAUGUGCUUAUGAAGAAUGAGAAAAAAAACCCACAGAAGAUGCCAUCUCCUAAACCCACAGCUGUGCUUAAGGAUGUUAAAGACAACCAUGGUGCAGAGAGAAGUGCUCCUGUGAGAGUACUGGCAUGGCGUCCUCCUAGUGCCAAAGCAGGAAUUCCACCAGCACAAACAGUAAAAGAAUGUCCUCAGACUGAGAAUAAAGGAAAGCACAAACCCAGGAAGCAGCCAGAGCUUUCUGUGUCUGUAUUUUACACUGAAGAAGGAAGAAACGUGGGUACAAUAUAUCAGAGGUAUCCCAAGGCAGUGUGUGUAAGAAAAUCUGUUUGCUCUGUCAAAUUGCCAGAGGAAGAGGAAAUCUGUUCAAGCAAAGAGUGGCUGACCAAGUACAGCAUUAAAAAGCUUAAACUGGAAUUACCCAGACUGAUGUUUGGUCCAAGCUGUACCCACCAGAAGACAACUGUGGAGUCUCUGCACAAGAAAGUAUCAGCGAAAUACUGUUCUAUCUUCCCCAGUGCAGAAAUCAAUGGGGUUGUGAAACAUCUGCAGUUUCAGCCUAGAGAACUGGAAUCCUACAGAGAGCGGCUGCAGAAGGUGCUGCAGCGCUACAUCCAGAGAGUGCAGUGGCUUCUCUCAGGAAGCCGAAGAUUGUUUGGUACCAUUUUAGAAGCAAAUGUCUGUGUUUUGAUUGAUACAUCUGGUUCCAUGGGCCCAUAUUUGCCAUCUGUCACAAAAGAACUUACCUCCCUUAUCUGGGAACAGCUGAGAAAAAAUGAAGUCAGGUUUAACCUGCUGAGAUUUGCAGAAAAUACAGAGAGUUGGAAAGAGUAUCUUGUAGAGGCAGCUGAUGAAAGCUGCCAUGAUGCUGUGCAGUGGGCUUCCACAUGCCAGGCUCAUGGCAACUCCUGCAUCCUUGCAGCUUUACAGAAGGCUCUCAGUUUCCAAGGUGUAGAGGCACUGUAUCUAUUGACUGAUGGAAAACCAGACACCAGUUGCAGUCUGAUUUUGAAAGAAAUUGAAAUAUUGAUAAAGAAACAAGAUAUUAAAAUCCACACCAUUUGUUUUAGCUGUGCAGACAGAGGAGCUGUUGAAUUCCUGAAGAAGCUUGCUUUCCAAACAGGAGGGCGCUUCCACUGCAGUUCUGGGGGUGAAGAUGGACAAUUAGCAGCACACAGAAUAUUGACAGAGGGGCUGGAUGAUGAAGAUAAUCCAGUUUUCCCUCACUUUGAAGGAGAUGAUCUAAAGGAACUUACUCAAGAAGUAGCAAAAGCUAGAAGCUUCUUAAAGCAGGCAAAAUCUUGGAGAGUAUUGCUUGAAAAAUGGAACACAAACCAAAAAGGUGACUCUGGCUUCCAAAAAAGUGUUCAGUGUGUUCACACCUUCCAGCUUUAAGCAGAAAGAAAGAUGAUUUUUUUCUUUGUUGUUGUCACAACAGCUGGCAAGUCAAGAAGUUGCAGAUGAUAAGAGCUGCACUCACUCCACUUGCAGAUUUUGCAGGAUUCAAAGUAAAACAAAGCCCUGAUCUCUACAAAGUUUAAAUAUAAGUAGAGGAUAGUUUUCAAUACAGCUAAUACAAAUUUCAAAAGCGUAUGUAUCAGUAGUGAUACACAAUCACAACUUUUGUUUCUCCUUUACUGCAUUGUAUUGAUGAUUUCUUCAAUUAGUUGCUGGUAUGUCUAAAUUGCCUUUUUUUGUCUGUUGGUUUGAGAAUUCUUUACUGGUGUUUAUUAUCCCUAACAGAUGGGGCAGAUGGCUGUGAUGUUAGGAAGAGAAUUCUUUAUGCCAGUUUUGCAUAGAAGGUCCAAAAAAUAACAUUAGUGCAGAAAACAAAGCUUGUAAUGAAUGUUUUUACACAGAGAAGUUUUGCUAUUAAUUAUUUUGACUCUUUGAUUUUUGUGUUGGCAGUAAAGAAAGAUUUAGAGCUGAUGAUUCAGAAAUGAUUAGACAUGCAAGAAAGUAAUGCCCUGUUGCUGAUGUGGCCUGGUUGUGUUUUUAUAACCAGACACUGCCUAUCUUUUGAGCAAUUCUGUUCUUACAUAUUUUCUGCCUAGAAAGAUUAAAAAUAUGUUUGCCAGUAUCAGUUGUGAAAUAUAUUUGUUUUUUACUGAUUUCUGUAAUGACAGCUCACUGGUAUUUUGUAGAUGUUCACUGUUGUCUUUUAGAGGGUUAGAAAUUCAUCUCAGGUGUUCAAUAUAUGUAAAAUAAUAAAAAUGGAUUCAUACUUCAGAAUUAAGAUACUUGAUCUGCAUUUAUUCAGGAGCCAUGUGCUUCUCUUGUGUGCCACUGGAUAUGCUAUGAUAUGGGAGAUUGUGUUUUUCUGUCCCUUUAUCUCCUUUGUCUCUAUAAAGAAUUAAAAAUUAUUUCUAUCAUAAAUGUGUCUAUUUAGUGUUGUAUGCUCUGAACCAGGUGACUCCUGCCUUCCGUGUUAGUGCCAUCCUUUACUAGAAUGCUGCAGUUGAACUGGUGCUUUGUGCUAUGCUUCACUUUCUGUGAUUUUAUUUGUGCAUGUGUGUAACUGCUGAGAUGAUUUGAUAUGAAAAAUGUUAAUUGUAAAUUAAUAGGAUUCGUUAUAUUUCUGUUUGGGGUAUAGAUGAUGAUCACUGA